AAAUAAUAAAUACAUCCAAAAAUGAUUCGAAUUCAAUGGAAUUAUCUUGUAUUAUUAUUGUUAUUAUUGAUCGUAGCUAUUAUUUGUGAUCAAAGUUUCACUACUACCAUUUUGAAUGAACCACCAUAUAAAUUGAUUCAAUCAUCAUCAUCAUCGUCGAUAUUAGCAGAAAGAAAUUUUUUUGGUAAAAAUUUUACAACAAUUAAAGAAGCAAUUGAUGAUGGCGAAAAUUUUAUUGAACAAACAAUCGGAAAACUAGGCCUACCAUCAUUGGUAUUUGGCCUAGCACAUCGUGGCCGAUUAAUCUAUAAUCAUUCAUGGGGUGUAUUGGAUGUAGAAAAUCCAACAACAACAACAACAAAAAUGCUGAUAUGAAUUCACAUUAUAGAAUAUGUUCAAUAUCGAAAACAUUUACUUCAGCAUAUAUAGGCCGAUUAGUUGAUCAAGGACGAUUAACAUAUAAUACUACAGUAAAUGAAAUUUUGAAAUAUUUUCCCAAUAAACAAUGGCAAAAUAAAACGGUGAAUCUGACGAUUGGACAAUUAUUAUCACAUACAGCUGGUACACGGAAAACAAAUUUGAAUGAUUUUGAUGAUAUCGUCAAAAAUAUUGAUUCACAAUCAACGAUUGUAAGAAAAUUUGCUAAUGAUCCAUUAAUGUUUGAACCAGGAACGGAUUGGUCAUAUUCAAAUUAUGGCUUUCAAAUAUUAGGUUCAAUCAUUGAAACAAUGGAAAAUAAAUCUUUCUCCGUGGUAAUGAAUAAUUUUCUACGUCAAUAUGGAUUGAAUAAUAGUGUUGUUGAAACAAAUGAUUUAAUUCUUUCGAAUCGUGCAAGAUAUUUUAGACGAAUGGAUGUGACAAAUUAUGUGGAUCAUCGUUUAAUACCAACAUCUAAGCUAGAUGAUUCAUUGAUUUAUGAAGGUUAUUAUGCAGCUGGUGGCAUUCUAUCAACUGUUGGUGAUUUAUUGAAAUGGGGCCAAUUAAUGUUGGAUGCAUUUAAUGGUCGACCUGAAUCUACAAUAUUGAAAAGUGAAACAGUGAAAACAAUGUGGAAAUCACAUAGUAAAAAUCUAUCAGAUAUUGGUGCUCCCGGCAGUGGACAACAUUAUGGUUAUGGGUGGUUUAUAAGCAAUCUUACAAAUUCGGAAAAUUCAAUUCUUCAAUAUAAAGACUAUAUUUGGCAUAGUGGUGGUCUAACUGGUACAUCAACCAUGCUGAUGAUACAACCAAAAGUGAAUUCGUGGGUAUUGCUAUGACCAACGAAGGAAAUACUCUUGGUCUUGAUACAAUGAUUGCCUAUAUGAUUGAAAAUGUUGCCGAAUUUAUCAUCAAUUCAAACAAUUAAUUUUUUGAACAGUUCAAGUUUCGAAAAAUUGGUUUGAAAUCUAUAUAUAAAUAAAAAACAAAACUGCUUACUGAUAUAUUAAAUAAUUUUCAAUUCAAUUCAGA